AUGGAAGCAAGUGCUGAAAAAACAUCAACGCUUGGCUCGUGCGACAAGUUAGAUCAUCGGCGAGUUUUGAGGAGAAACUUGUGUACCGGCUUUGGGCAGAUGGAGGCGUUAGCUCUUGUCGCCAAGGCAUCAAGUCGUCAUUCGCUCUUCAAGGGUGUAACAUUAUAUAAGCGAACCAGCAAGUGGCGGGCUCAGAUUUCGCAUGGUGGCAGGACCGUCACUCUGGGUGACUAUAACACGGAAGAGGAAGCCGCCCGUGUCUUUGACCGCGCCUGUAUAUGCAAAUAUGGCAAGGAUGCCGUGUGUAACUUCCCGUUGGAGGACUAUAUGAGCGAAUGGGAAGAGCUAUGGGCCACGACUAUUCCCGCCCUCCUAAUCAAAUUCAAAGAAGAGCGCCAGAGAUGCAAGGCCGCUCGGGGACCUGGAGGGGUCCGUGCUGGACAAGCUGCGCUUGGCCAGCAAUUCGAGCAGGAUAGGAUUCGCCCGGAGGUGGUUGCUGCCCUUGAGGGCUCGAGUACGACCGGCAGGCAUGGCAGGGGACUCGACUUCCAAAGCGCCUACUUUCCAGGAACUGCCUACGCUCAUCCUGGCCCUUCCGGACAACUCUGCGCUGGGAAUCCCGUCGGCGGGCCACUCAACCAGAUCCAGAUCCAAAUCCAAAAUUUUAAUGACCACCGCCGUACUCAUGCCGAGCAGCUGAAGAUGGAAAUGGAGCCUUCCGAGAAUAUCGAAAGGGCCACCAGCGACGAUGGCGAUGGCGAUGGUGCCCAUCACCUCGAGCCUACACCUGCCACCUCUUCGCCGGCUGCUGUCCGACGCCGAGCCACGGCAUCACGUCCCGCCGCCACCGGCACCGCUGGCGGCGGCGGCGGCGGCGGUUCACCACCUGAUGCGGCGACGGAAUGGCCAAUCCCUGAGGCAGCGGCGGCCGCGGCGGCGGCGCCACCUGACGAGCUCGUGACCGUGUUCACCGGCGCUGAUGGCGCAUCGCGACGCGAGGGCCUUGCGGCGGCAACCCGGCCGCCACCGUCGAUGCCGCUGCUUAAUUUUCCGCCACCGAUGCGUUUGCAUGGCAGCAAUUACGUCCCCAGUUGGAGACGCGCAAGUGUGUGUUCUGGCCGCAUGGGAAUUGAAGGAGGGGAGUUCGACGGCGAGUCCGUUUGGAAAGGACACUCGGAGGUUUUCUUAUCGGGCUCCGGAACAGCCGCUGGUGACGCCGACGCCACUGCAGCACAGCAACGACGUGUCGUACAUUCGCCUGUGGCCCAACCCAGCGUGCCACAGCCUCCAUCCUACCCCGACAAUUUCCGCGCUCAACAACACGGCAGUGACGGCGGUGCAUUGGACGAGAUGCCGUACAUGGUUGACUACACCUCUGGAAGGGUCGUACUGCCCACCAGACUCGGGUUCCCUACGUUACCGCUGCUGAAUCUGCCGGCGCCCCGUACGCUUACUGCUAAGCGGACUGUACGGGAGGAGAUGGCUGUGGUGGCGGCAGCGGAGGUGGAGACAGAUGACGUUGGCGGCACCGGCUUCGCCGCCGCCGCGCCGCAGUCGCCUGUUGCUUCUACCCAUGCCGUUCCUAGUGGUUUCAGAGCGCUCGGAACGCCCCUCCAAGAACUUGGCCUGGAUCCUUCGCAUGCAGCCGUACCUCGUGGUAUGGUCGUUCGCCGUGUUCAUUACUCCACAAGCCCCUGGCCACCAGCCAAGCGACUGCGUCUGGCAGCGAUAGCGGCGGCGGCGGCGCCGCCGCCGCCGCCGGCCCCCCAGACUGAUGAGGAACCUAUGGGCGUAGUUAUGACGACGACGGACACGGCAGCGGGUGAGGGGGAGGAGGAGGAGGAGGAGGUUGACCGCAAUGCGCGAUUCGCAAAGAGCAGCGGCAGCGAUGGCGCCGGCAGGGCGGCAGAGUGCCGUAGCGCCGUCGUCAGGCGCUGGCGCUGCGGACCGCCGUCGGGGGAGUCGGCGGCAGCGAUGGCGCGAUUUACCGCAGCUGCCGGGGAACGCGGCACCGCCGUCGCCGCCGCCGCAUCUCGCCCACCGAUGACCACAACGCGUGACGGCGUAUCAAGGGAAGGCAGCUGCCGGCAGCGCCCGCCGGAGCCGGAGCCGCAUACCUCGCCGGUACCCGCUGCUUGCGCGCCGUCUUCGGCAGCAGUAACACUCCAGCCCGGUGCUACGUGUGCAAGCCCUGUCGCGGCGCCACCCGCGGCCGCCGCCACCGCUGCUGCCGCAACAGCAGCAGCAGCAGCAGUUGAAGGGCUUAGCAUGGAAGAGCUGCACGAGCUCUUAUUGGCGGCGCUUAGCCGCCCACCGGCGGCGGCAGCAAGGAGAGGCCACCAGCACUUGCCAUCAGCAAAUGCACCACCUCGCCUGUCUCUACAGACGUCUCACCCCGGAGGCUCAAAGGAAACGGAGGCGCUGAAGAAUCCCAGUUCCCAGGCCACACGCGGAAGCAGCGGUGGAGGCUCAAUCGACAGGACGCCCUCGCAUGUGUCGCCUCUGGUGGUGGCUCCUGCUGCCGCCGCCGCCGCAGCCGCCGUCAAUGGUGGCGAUGCUGCCGCCGCAGGCGGCAGCAUGUUCAUCAAUCAGGCCCCAGGUCAGAAGUGGCGGCUACCAGCAUCCCUCCACGAUUGGGAGCACACGCUGCAUGAGCGACCGCGCGCCCCGGCCGUACGUCUGACGCUGUGCCGGAACGACGAGUACGACAGCUACAGCGUUGGCGGCAGCGUUGGCGGCGGCAGCAACCGUGGUGCCGAUGCGAGUUUGAGCAUUGAGGUUCCGCUCGUGCUGCGGGUGCCAGCCAAUCUGCAGCAGCAAAUCUUGUCGAUGCUGAAGUAG